CUUGCUUUCUUUGUGAUUUUUUUGGGGUUCGCACUCAGCUCCCAGUUCCAACGCUAUACAAUCGCAUCUGCAUAUUUUUCUCGUUGACGCAUUCGCUGGACUGUUAGCAUUCGCUGGACUGUUAGCAUGGCGCGGUAUUCUGGAGCUCGACUGGCUGGAUGGCUGUCCAUCGUGGCAUUGUUGAUCGCCGCGUCCGCCGUGUCAUCCGCCCUGGACCACCAGCACAUUGACCAGGGACAGGACAAGCAGCAACGGUUUCCAGCAGCAGCAGCAGCAGCAGUGGUUGCUGUGUCAGCAAGUCCCGCUGAAUCCAGCUCAGCCAGCUCAGCCGACGCCGCCAACACGCAACGAACGCCAGGUCAGCACAACACGCCGCCGCCAAGUGAGCUGACGACCAAGUUUGUCCCGACGCACGAGUGGCAAGACCUCCACCCAGACCAGCCGGUGCCGCCGGGACUUCACAUUGAGCUCAACUUUGAAACGGGACGCCGCCGCGCAAAGCUACUUGAUCCGGAACCCGCGCAUGCGGAGCAACCGCGGGAUGAGUUGGAUGCACUCGAAAACAACGACUCUGAGUUUGUACACAAUCAUGGAGACGUUAUUGCGAUCAAUGUCGAGAACACCGGUCAACCGGGAGAUGAACGCUCAGUCCAGCCCAAGCAACGCAAGGUGCGCAUCUUGCACCAGUACACAAAGCAGGAGAUCAAGGACAAGCUUGCGAAAAUGCAUGGCGACGACUUGCAUGCGUCUGCGUUUUGCCCAGCCGGAGACGCAGAGUGCCUGCUCAGUUUGGAUCAACCCGCCGCCGCCGCCGCUGCUGCUGCUGCUUCGUCCGAGCGCUCGACCGCAACUCUCCAAGAGCUCCGCGAGGCAAUGGCCAUUAUGGAGCGUGAGAAUCUGCUAGUGAGGUCGGACGUCCGCUUGAUGAUGGAGCUGUUGGAAAAGGCAGCGUCUCCGGACUCUUCCGAGGACAAUGUUGUUGACGCCUUACUCGUGCUGUCGGAACUCGUGAAUCAAAUCGACAAUGGCCGAGAUCUUGAUCGCAUCGACGGCAUGCGUCAGCUCAUUGGGUAUCUUGGCUCGACCUCUGUCGCUGUGAAGAGUGCCGCGGCGCUUGCCCUUGGCUCUGCGAUUCACAACAAUGACGAGGCAAAGGUCGACGCGUUGCGGCGUGACAUUCUCCCGCUUCUGCUGGAUCUGGUCUCUGACGGCACAGAGCUGGUAGCUCGGCGCGCCUUGUAUGCCAUGUCAGCUCUGCUGCGCCAUAUGCCGCAAGCACAAGAAGACUUUCAGAUGCUGGAUGGUCCGCAGCGACUCUUGUCAACUCUCGCCUCGACGCACUCCAAGGCUGUCAUUGUCAAAAUCACCACUCUGGUGACGGACUUGGUCGACGAGCUUGACCACGCUGCGUCUGUCCUGAAUUCUCAGGUGCACUGGACGCUGCAGCCUGACUCGGAAGAAGCGUUGGACACUGCAAAGCGACUUGAACGAGAAGCAUUACAGCGGCAAGCGCAAGUGCGGUUGACGUUGCGCGAUCAACUGACAACGCCCGCAGCCUGCAUGACGAUUGCCCAUUUCGUCGCCGUGCUGCACGAAGCAGACGAGCUUGGACGGCUCGUGCAGGCCGUCUCGUUCAUUGGGGAUCGCUGCUUUGAGCAGCAGUCUCUGGCAACGAGCAUUCCGGCGUGGGCAAACGUUGCUGAAGCUCUCAAGACUCUGCACGCUGAUUUCACUCGCUUUGACAGCACAGACUAUGAGCGGGAAGUGGCCGCACAGCUCGAGGCACUUCAUGCACGCGUUGAUCGACAUUUGCAGCAACUUUGAAAAACAAGCUAGUCCCACGUAUUGUGUUGGUAAUCGCCUUUGACGAACAAAGACACCACAAAAUCACACUAUCAAAACGUUGAAACAACAUUCAUGUCAUAACUAUCCAAUAAACAAACUCCGAGAACAAAAA